AUGGAUAUUCUUGUUACUCGUAAGUCAUCUUCAUUAACUUGUCAUAAAUGGUUAAAAGAUGAACCUAGUAAAUGUAAUGGAAGAUGCUCUAAUAAACAAAGUCAAGUCAUUAAUGUAAAAGGUCAAACAGUUAGAACAUUCGAUAUGCUUGACUGUGAAUUUAAGAAAGAUUCACCUUAUGUUGAAAUAGCAGCUAGAAAAAUUCCAAUGGACAAUAAAAUAAUAUGUAGUCAUCAUAUUUAG